UCCUGGUUCUUGGACAUGUUCCUCAGGGUGCUGCUCUGGUGUUGUGGGGUCAUGUGUGCAGGGGUCCUGUGUGCAGGGGUCCAGGCAGAAAACAACAGCUCAGCAGACUCGGUGCGGUUGGUCUCGGGGUCCGGUCUGUGUUCAGGAUCAGUGCAGAUCUGGGACGGGUCCUGGACCGGGGUCUGUGACGGGGACUUGGACCAGCGGGGGGCAGAGGUGCUGUGCAGGGAGCUGGACUGUGGGGCUCCUUCUCUCCUCCAGGGGGCGCUCUCUCCUCUGGGGCAGACGUUCCACUGUGAGGGACAUGAGUCUGCUCUGAUGGACUGUCCCCGCUCCAACUCAAGCACCUGCUCCUCUGGAGCCACUGUCAACCUCACCUGCUCAGAGCCGAUCAGGUUGGUGGGAGGAGCCAGUCGCUGUGCUGGGACUGUGGAGGUGAAACACAGAGGAGAGUGGAGACGAGUGAAGCCCUUUGGUGACUGGAACCAGGAGCACACAGCUGGUGUGUGCAGAGACCUGGAUUGUGGCUCUGCUGUUUAUGGAGAAGAGAGAGAUGAUUUUCCAGAGAGUCGUGUGUGGUGGGUCACAGCUGACUGUGUGAAGACGUAUUUAGUGAGAGGAUGUGUCGUUGCUUCAUCCUCCUCUUCCUCUGGUCUGGAGGUGGUGUGUUCAGAGCUCCUGAAUCGUCCAAUCAUCUCCGUGUCUGUGAGUGACGGGGCGUCCGAGCUCCAGCCUCAGGGGGUGCGGGUGCAGCUGGGCUCAAAGUUCAGGGUCAAAUGCUCCGUGGAGCCACAGUACCCGGGAGGCUCCUUCCGGCUCCUCUCUCCCGCCGCGCCCCCCGCUCAGAACCGCACCCUGCCCGCCGUCAAUCACUCCGCCCACUUCCUGUUCUCUGACGCUGACCACGCCCACAAAGGAAACUACACCUGUGUUUACCUCCUGCAGGUGUUCAACCACAACUUCUCCUCUCAGAGCCACACACUCCAGCUCUCUGUGGGAGAGUCGGUGCGGUUGGUCUCGGGGUCCGGUCUGUGUUCAGGAUCAGUGCAGAUCUGGGACGGGUCCUGGACCGGGGUCUGUGACGGGGACUUGGACCAGCGGGGGGCAGAGGUGCUGUGCAGGGAGCUGGGCUGUGGGGCUCCUUCUCUCCUCCAGGGGGCGCUCUCUCCUCUGGGGCAGACGUUCCACUGUGAGGGACAUGAGUCUGCUCUGAUGGACUGUCCCCGCUCCAACUCAAGCACCUGCUCCUCUGGAGCCACUGUCAACCUCACCUGCUCAGAGCCGAUCAGGUUGGUGGGAGGAUCCAGUCGCUGUGCUGGGACUGUGGAGGUGAAACACAGAGGAGAGUGGAGACGAGUGGAUGAGUUCUAUGAAUCCUUGCUCCAGGAGGACAUAGCUGUUGUGUGCAGAGACCUGGACUGUGGCUCUGCUGUUUAUGGAGAACGCACACUUGGUUUUCCACAGAGUCGUGUGUGGAGGGUGAAAUCUGACUGUGUGAAGAAGUCUUCAGUGAGUGGAUGCAUCAUUGAGAGGUUCCCCAUUCCUUCUAGCUGGGGUCUUCAGGUCAAGUGUUCAGGUAAAAGUCUAAUCUUAUAG